GUCCACCAUGUUCCCUGCUAACCUCCUGCUCCUCAUGGUCCUGCUGCUACCUCAAGCCUCGUCUGGUCGCCAGGGUGGAGACACCAGCGAGAUCGACCAUGGCAGGGUGUCCCCCACGCCUUCCUCCUUGACGCUCCCACCAGCCAGCUCCGUCCUGGAGCCCAGUCUGGCUCAGACCAUCCAGAGUCUCCUCCUGAACCGGCUGGGCCUGCAGUCGCAGCCCGACCCUCGGCCUGGAGUGCCGGUGCCCCGGUACCUCCUGGAUCUUUAUCGCUUCCACCAGCAGCAGUACCACCUAGUGGAGGACCCUUCGUUUAGCUUCCCCAGCAAGCACAUCCAGCAGGCCAACACUGUACGGAGCUUUCACCACAAUGAGCCCCUUGGAGACAGUCCCAUAGCAGACCAUCAUAAGAGGGUUCACAUCUUCUUCAACAUCUCCUCGAUCCCUGAGGAUGAGAGGGUGCUCUCUGCUGAGCUCCGGCUCCUCCACAGUGACAGAGCAUCCCUGGGCCCCGGGCCCCACAGACUAAACCUAUACCUCUCUGAGCACCACGAGGAUCCGGAGCCCAACCUGCUGGAGACAAGGUUACUCACCACUGACCUCCAAAGUCAUAAAGACAGUGGUUUCUGGGAGGUUUUUAGCCUCAGUGCAGAGCUCUUCCAUAAGGCCCUUGCUGGGAGUGGCAGCCUGGGCUUCCUCCUGGAGGUCACACCUGAGAACAGCACCACCUCGCCCCCUGACCAAAGCUUCUCCUCUGCUGCCAAUGAGGAGGAGGCAGAGAAACACAAAGAGGGACACCUGAGGGUAUGCAGGUCUGUGGGUCAGGAUGAGCACAGCUGGGCCCAGGAGAGACCCCUCUUGGUGACUUACAGUCAUGACGGGCGCGGAGAGCCAUUAGUCAAACAUGGCAGGAGGACCUCAGGUGGCAGCCAGAGGAUGAGAGGGAGAAAAGUGACAAAAGAAAGGGCAAGGAGCAGCAGCAAGGGCCGCAAUAGGGACCAAGACUGGGUGAAGGCCAAAAAAACAGUUUAUACAGUUCCAGGUUGGGGGGGUGAUAAAGGUGGGGUAGGCUGGAGCGAACGUGGAAGGGUGAAAAGAAAUGGUGGCCGUGCUCGAAAACUGAAGCGCCUCUCUCGCAACAGAUGCCGCCGCCAUCCUCUGUACGUAGAUUUCAACGACGUGGGCUGGCACAAGUGGAUCAUUGCACCCAGCGGCUACGAUGCCUUCUUCUGCCUGGGGGAGUGCCGCUUCCCUCUGGCUGACCACAUGAACUCCUCUAGCCACGCCAUGGUGCAGACUCUGGUAAACUCUGUGAAUGGAGCGGUGCCCCGGGCCUGCUGCGUCCCCACCUCCCUCAGCCCCAUUGCCCUGCUCUACCUGGACCCUCACGACCGAGUGGUGCUGAAGAAUUACCAGGAUAUGGUGGUGGAGGGCUGCGGCUGCCGGUAGUGGGCGAGAGAGCUCGGCCAGAGAAACCUAGACGUGGACGGAGACGCACUGAGGGAGGGGACAGAGGCAGGAACAGGCAGAUGGGACUGGAACUGGGACUAUAAAAGCCAGCUGAAUGCAUACACACAGACUGAUAGAGACAAAUCUAGCAGUGUGAGAAGGAUGAGUGGAGAGGAGGGAGAUGGAAAUGAAUACAGCAGCUAAACUGUCAUUAUCAGGAAUAAAAAAACUAGACCAAAAGAGAAAGAAAAAGAGUGAGAAAAACAUAGAAGACAUAAUCUGCCACAGAGUAGGAUAAAUGAUUAGACAGUAAGGCAGAGAAAGUAGUGCAAGCAGAAAUAUGGUCAACACAGGUAAACUGCCAGGAAUUACUUUACACUUUUUCCCAUUUAUCGACGAUGCUGCUGUGUACACCAUCAACUGUUCUCUCACGCUUUAACAUCAGAGAGUGUCUAUUCUAUAUUCAAAUGUUAGCCGCUCAUCUCAGGCUCAUGUGUUUAAAGCUAUUGCAGAAGUACAGUCAGAGCAGGCAGUCGUGGAUGUGCGUUCUGAAGCUCCCGAGCAGAGUUUACACAAUUCUGUAUCUUUCCGACGGACGUACUGACGAUCAACAGCAUUUGCAAUACGACGAUGGCACCAGCGUGGCAUCUAAACUUUGUGUGACCGUGUUGUUUCUGCAGUAUUUGAACCAUGAAGUAGGGUGCAUCUGUUUUCAUGAACGCUAACAUAAUGGCAGACUGUCCCUUACAAGCACUCCUACAUCACAAGCUAUUUAAAACCACAACAAUAAUGCUGAGGAAUUAUUAUGCUAUUGUUUGAAUGUACUACUAUCACUAUUAUUUAAAAAAAGACAGACUUUUUUUGUACAUUUCUUUUGCAGACGUGGAGAAAAUCCAAGUGAUGGUUUGUCUUGUGAUUAUACAUAAUUCCACUGAAUGGCAAUUCUAACUUAAAAAGACACAUUAUGUAUUUAAAUAGCAGCAAUAUGGUGUAUUUAAUCUUGAAAAUAUUUAAGAUACCUGCACUCAACAAAGCAUACAGAAAACUGAAAGCCUGCCAUCCACAUGAAGUAAGUUAUGGUAGCUUUACAUCCGUACAAAUGUUCAGUGUAUUGAAUCAACAGUCUGUGUUACUUCAACGUCCCACCUUAUCAUUAUUGCACACAUUUUGGUGUUCAACACAUGAUAGCAGACAUAAGCGGUGUCGCCUUUAAAAGCUCAACUAACAAGUCAAAUGAAAGCUCUAUGUAUUGUAGCUACUGAAGUGUGUAACAACAGGUGUCUUUGCUAGUUGUGUCUGCAUGUGUCAAGAAAAAAAAAGGAAGACUGAUACUAAAACUGGGACUUCAGUGCCUUUCAAACAGGGGCUUUAAAAGUGUUCUCUGCUGAGCUUAGUAAUUGUUUUUUCAGUGUUGCAUUUUUCUCUCUAAAUGGAAACAUUUAAGCAAAAGCUUGUAAAAUGUUUGACAAUAUACCUCUAAUAAACAAAGCAAACAGCA